AUGUGGUGCAACUUUACUAAGCGAGCUGAAAGCUGCAAUCAUCCAGGCUGUCACAUUAAUCAUCAGGGGCUAUACCCUUCUUCAUUUAGUCUGCAGACAGUUGAAGAAGAGCAGCUCGCGAGAUUGCUAUUAUAUCAAAACUCCUUGCUUACUCAAGUAGCUGCAAAUAGUAAUCAAAUUAAUAAAUGCCUAGACCGCCUAAUAGAAAGCACACAAAACAUGGCUUAUGUUGCUCCUCAUACUGAACCAACUGAAAUUGAUAUCGAAAAUUGUCCAGCUGAGCAUAUUUUCCAAUGAAUUUCCUCGGGGAAAGAAUUUUUAUACUCAAUUCAGCUGGAAAGCCAGAUAUCUUCAAACAUAUAUAAAGAAAGAGGGUUUUCUUUAGUCGUUUCUGUAAGAGAUAAGGAUGGGCAAUAUAUUUUUACGACUGAAAACCAAAAAUUCCAAGUUUUUGUAUUCAGUAUGGAUAAUCCUCCUCACUCGCCCCAUAGUAACUUACUUACUUAUUAAAACAAUUUUUAAAUAGUAAAUUUAAUAUAUAUAGAUCGAAAUUUGUUAAUUAUUGUAGCGUUUUCAAAAAAAGCUACAAAUUUUGAUAAUAAGCAAAUUUCGAUCUGCUCAUAUAAAUUUUCUAUUUGAAAAUUUCGUGCUGAACUGCCUACAAAUAAGCAAGAAUUUUCUUAUUCUGGGAGUAAGCUACUUAAAUUAAAUAUAUCCGGCAAAAAAAUAUUAAGAGGCACUAUAGAAGCCAGCAUGAGCGAAGACAGGCUGAUUACUUUUGCAAAUGUUGUAAUAAACGAAGUAACCUCUCAUUACGUCAAUGACAGCUUUUAUCUAGUAGUGACAUGUGAAAAUUCGCUUGAUAUAAAACCUUUAACAAUCAGCAAUGUAUGUGUGAAGGCUCGAAAACCUAGUAAAGUAUAA